AUGAGGAUCGAAACCUGUUACUUCUGUUCGCACCCGGUUUACCCUUCCAAGGGUAUCACCUUUGUUCGUAACGAUGCGAAAGCUUUCCGCUUCUGCAGGUCCAAGUGCCAUAAGAACUUCAAGAUGAAGCGAAAUCCAAGAAAGCUUAAAUGGACAAAAGCCUUCCGUAAAUCUGCCAAUAAGGAAAUGGUCGUCGAUUCGACACUGUCAUUCGCCGCCCGUCGCAACGUUCCUACAAGAUACUCUCGCGACUUGGUCGCCACAACUCUCAAAGCGAUGCAAAGAGUUACCGAGAUCCAGACAAAGAGAGAGAGGGCGUUUUACAAGCAAAGAAUGACAGGAAACACAGCCAAUCGCCGCGCUGCCGACAGGAAACUGGUGGAGGAGAACCAACAUAUGCUCCCAGAGGUUCGGGCCAGGUUACAACAAACGGAAGCCGAGCUAUCAGAUGCCGAGGAGACAAUGCAGGAAGAGGCUAUCGCUGUCGCUAUCCCCGCGAGACAAAGGCAGGCGAAACGACAGGUUCAGGCUGGAGAUGCGAUGGAUAUCGAAUGA